UAAUCCGCCAGAGGUCACGUAACCAACUGUUACGUUAGUCACAACACAAGUCACCUUUAAGUUGCCCAGCGAAAAAUAACAUAAAAAAAUUGACAAAAGACAAUGCCCAGCCUGAAUUGGUUUAGUUUAAAUCGCGUGGAUGGUGGACCGUCGUACUUUGGCAAUGCAAACAGAACUUCGGCCUCCUUAUACUGGAACGAUUGGCUAUUCGGCGUGGUCGUAACGGCAGCAGCUUUCAUCACAGUACUACUCCUUCUUUCGCCCAUUUACAAGCAUCAAUGGAGAACCAUUUGUCUGGUAACAACAAGUAUCCUCAUGGGAGGUGCCUUCCUUCUUUCUCUAGUAAUGCCUUGGUGGCAAUGUGGUGGGCCAGUCUCCAUUCGAGCACCAAUUCGAGUCCAAGACACCGAACUCAUGAAUUUAACUCUCGAGGUUCACGUUGGACUUAACUACGUCAACAUCACACUGUUACUGGACCCUUUGCAGGGCGGUUCUUCUCAGAAAAACGAUAUCGUUGUAUCACGUCUCCUACCACGAGAUUCAGUUCAACAGAUAACUGGAUCCUACGCGAAACUGAGCGAUAUGGAGAGGAUCAAAUUCAACGAGCGAAUUGAAUUGAAAACGGCCGAAGACAUGCGAGCACAAUUCAGAGAAGCACUUCAACGUGGAUUGCCCGUCCCGAUAUUGACUGUCGUCAACUACUUGAGUCAUCAAGAAGAAGGAUUCCGUUGGUCAGUCGAUUUCCGCAGGGCUGGCUAUUUUUGCCAGUUUACACUGACACUGACACUCAUCAGCUGGGCAUGGAUGAACAUCUUCUUCCUUGUUAUUCCACAUCACGGUGCCAUUGCCAUGAUAACAACAGGUUUACUGGCAUUACUCGCCGUCUUCCUCUACUGGAUUUUAUUGCCAGCCUUCGAUUUAGUCAUCAACAUCAACGGAAGCACUCUCCAAUUCAAACUGGACGGCUGUUACUGGACAGUGCUUGCCACUGGUCUUUUUGCCCUGCUAGCAGGAAGCAUCUUGCUGAUCCUAGAGAUCCGCAAACCUGGUACUCUUGUAUUCGACCUGGAAAUCGACUCUGAAUUGAAGACCAAAUUAAUAAACAAAGUGGUACAGAAACGUUCAGUCAAAUUGCAGCCAUCCGUGCCAUUAAGUCCACACAAGCCAAGCUUGAAGUCAAAGCUGUCCGUCAUCGACGCCACAGUAGAAAGCUACGCCCAAUCGAGCAUCACAACAUCGGAUACCAAAUUGGAUUCCGGAUUUGGCAUUUCGUCGGACUCAAUCUCCAAUUCCGACACUCAGUUCCAGAUGAAUUCUGCGACCGAUCUUGAACAGAUAGCCACAAUGGAUGGAUCUUACUUCAAGUCGUCCGUCACAAAUCUGAUACAAGCAGAGAAGGCUCCGAAAAUCUACAGCUACACGUUCCGGCACGGAAGAGAGUUGCCUAGCUUCCAUGAGAGUACCAUAUCCCUGCACAGCGAAACGGUUCAUCGUUAUUUGGACAGUAUCGUCGAGGAGGAUAUCAUUGUUCAUAACUCGGCCAAUUCCCCUCCCAAAACGAUUUCGAUCGAUUCGGGCGAAGGAACGCAACGCAAUUCCGAAUGCUCGUCAGACUUAGAAAAAGAAGAAUGGCAAGAUCCUGUUGAAAAUGUCGAGACAGCGCGCUUCCAUAUCGAUUCUGAUGGACACAAUGAUACGUUUUGUUCGACGAUCAGUUCAGCUACAGAUCCCUCCCCAAGACGUCGUUCGCAACGCACUUUAUCGAUUGGGUCCCAUCGGGACAUUUUCGGACACACACCCAAAGAGCCAAUUUGAGGUCUACAACAGUACCAUUUCUUUUUUAAAAAUAUAGAGUUCUCCCUAUUCAAAGUGUUGUGAAUAAAUACUACUAUCGAUAUA